CAUUUGUCUUCGCCGGGCUUCCCCUCCUUUCCUUUCGUAGGGUUAGAAUUUUUUUUAGAUGGGCUGCUUGCCCUGAGAUCAAGGCUGCUCACUCUCCUGUACCUCCAUCAUGUGAACCUCAGCUAUUGACCGCCGCUAGCCGACCUCCUCACCUCCAGGGAAGUAAUGGUGUGAGUUUUCCCUUUGGCACUGACAUGUGAACCAGGCCUUUCUCCUCUCCCGUUGCGUGAUCCGAUGCCUGUUGAGCUUGAUCCUUCGGACCCCUCGGACCCCGUUCAACUCCAACAUGUCCGGUCUAGACUGUGACGUCGACCUGGCGUGACCUUCGAAUGCAUUCACGAUCUGAUACAGGUCUUCUCGUAAAUGUUUAGCAGCAACCAACACAUCACCCAACGAUCCCGGAUCGGGCAGUGUCGAGGAAUUCCACCACUGGUCGGCUCUUUCAUGUCGUUUCCUCGACCAUGACCAAGUCGCCUUUCCCUGUGGGUGCAUCAGAUACCUCGAGAACGCCCACAUCCUGUCCGCCCUCGAGAGCAAAGUCCCUUCGAAAUCGCACGAAAAGCCAUUCACAUCCGUACCUUGGCGGCAAUUUUGCUCCCUUGCAGAAGGUCCAAACUCUCGUACCAUGCGUGUACUCUGGGGAUAUACCAAAAGAGCUGGCUGGCGGUGAAUACGUUCGAAAUGGCGGGAACCCUGUAGCAAAUCAAGACUUGGGCCGAGAUGCACAUUGGUUUGACGGUGAUGGCAUGCUCAGUGGUGUCGCGUUUACACGAACUUCCAAUGGUGUCCAACCAGAAUUCGUCAAUCAAUACAUCUUAACCGAUAUCUACCUGUCCACGAUAUCUUCAAGACACCUCCGCGUUCCGAUCCUCCCCAGCAUAGCAACACUGGUCAACCCCUUAACCUCAUUGUACAAACUCAUAGCCAUUGUUUUCCGCAGCAUAUUUUUGGUUUUGUUAUCCCGACUUCCUGGCUCAGCGCAAGCCAUCAAGAAAAUUAGCGUGGCCAACACGGGUGUCUUGUUCCACGAUGGGCGUGCUCUUGCAACCUGCGAAUCCGGACCUCCGAUGAGAGUCGCUCUUCCGGGUCUCGAGACUGUUGGCUGGUUCAACGGGAAGAGAGCAGAAGGAGAGCCGACAGGCGAGGGAUCUCCAGGAUUUGGAGGAGGUGGUGUAUUGCGGUUCAUGAAAGAAUGGACGACGGCCCACCCUCGUGUCGAUCCGAAGACGGGAGAGCUGGUCCUAUUCCACUCGACUUUUGUCCCUCCAUAUGUACAUUAUUCGAUUAUACCUGCGACCUUCUCGCCCGCCGUCCCUUCUUCACCGCUCGAACGACCAAUAAGGCUGCUAAACGCCCCUGUUCCGGGCGUUACAUCGGCGAAGAUGAUGCAUGAUUUUGGUGUGUCCUCCCACCACACUGUCAUCUUGGACUUGCCUCUGUCGCUGGACCCGGUGAACUUGACAAAGAAUAAGCCUGUCAUUUCCUAUGAUUCAACCUCGCAAUCUCGAUUUGGCGUCUUUCCUCGAUACUUUCCACAGCAGAUUGCCUGGUUCCAGACAAAACCAUGCUGCAUUUUCCAUACUGCUAAUACGUGGGACGAUCAGGUGGUUGACAAAUUCACCGGGGAAACGAGGACGAUUGCAGUCAAUAUGCUCGCCUGUCGACUGACUUCUGCCUCGCUUGUUUUUUCCGCAGGUGACAUUCCUGCUCCGCAACGAACGUCCCCUGAGUCGGAUAGCGAAGAAGAACAGUGUCGGCUCUACUAUUAUCAGUUCUCAUUGGCCCAGCCGGGGCACAUAACUCACGAGUUCGGAUUAAGUGCCAUUCCCUUCGAAUUUCCCAACGUCAGGAAAGACAGAACAAUGGGGCAGGCGAGAUAUGUCUUUGGUUGUUCCACUUCUAGAGGUACCUUCGGAGCCGCCCUCGGUCGUGCCGUCAAGAUCGAUUGCUUGGUCAAGGCGGAUGCCGAGACGCUCAUCAAGCGAGGCAAGACCUAUUCCCUCGCUCAGCAUGCUCUUGACUGCGUGGACACGAGGUCUGUCGAUGAGAUCCUUCAUUCUCAGGAGGAGGAUGAUCCCCUCUCAAUCUUUCGCCUUCCGCAAGGCUGGUUCGCCCAGGAGCCGCACUUUGUGCCACGCGAAAGAGGCACUCGCGAAGACGACGGCUGGCUGCUGACCUACGUCUUUGACGAAUCCCAAUUAGACUCCUCCGGGGAAUGUCGCCCCGACGCCAAAAGCGAGCUGUGGGUCAUCGACGCCCGAGACAUGAAGACGGUCGUCGCCCGCGUGCAUCUGACGCAGAGAGUCCCCUACGGCCUACACGGCAACUUCUUCCCCGAGGCGCAGGUCAAGUCGCAGCGGCCCAUUGAGACCAUCCGGGCCAUCAAACAACGGAGCGAGGCCCAGCAGCAGGCGAGCUGGUGGCUGGCCGUCAGGAACAGGCUGGAGAAGGCUCUGGGAUGAUACUUGUCAAGGUCAAAACGAUAAGUUGCAUAUCGUGUACCGGUACUGGUUGGUGCCGUUGAGUGGUUUGGGUCUCUACGAAGUAUACGACGGCGUAGCGUCCGGGAUGGUUAUUAUCCCGGCCGGUAGCAUGGACUAUCGAUCUACCAUUGAACAACGUAUCAAUGUUUCCACACCUCUGCAGUAAAGCUAUUGCCCAGUUGUGGUGGGCCUCAACAGAGUAAAUGAUCCCGUCUCCAGAGACAUAUUGUUUUUCCCCUGUACUCGCUUUGCAAAGUCGUAAACAACGAACGGGAUAUAAAGUUCAUCGAGCGGAACAGCACAGGGCGAUCAAACUAGGGCGAAAACAGGGAAUAGGAGAGUCCCUAGGCGGCGUCAAAUG